AUGGCUUCAACACCCGGGAUCCCAGUCAUUGCCAUUAUAGGCAAGCAGAACAACCCAAUCUACAUCUACAACUCCCGCCUACCUCUCCCUUCCACAUCUCUCACAACAUCUCUAGACCUACACCUCCUACUACACUCCACGUUAGACGUGUUUGAAGCCCGAUUACCCCAAAAAACCGCCGAUCAGGACUUCGGCCUCCUCUUUGCGAUCGAUGAACGGUUGGCGGCGUACGGCUGGAUGACGAAUACGGGCGUUAAGUUCGUGGUUAUCGUUGAUCAGGGGUUUAAUAGUAGUAGUGCAUUAAGUACACGUGGUGGAGGGUUAGGAGGUGCCAUUAGAGAGGCGGAUUUGAAACCCGUAUUUAAAUCGAUACAUACGGAGUAUAUUAAGUUAAUUUCGAAUCCGUUUUAUGAUCAUGAGAGUAAGGAGAUGGUAAAGAGUAAGAAGUUCUCAGCAGCGCUGGAGAAGAUUGCGGAAACGGGGAUUCCGGGGGUGUAUUGA